AUGGAUGACGUGUAUAAAGCAGCGGUAGAGAACCUGACAGAGGAGCAGAAAAAUGAAUUCAAGGCUGCCUUUGACGUCUUCAUUCAGGAUGCAGAAGAUGGCUGCAUCAGCACAAAAGAGUUGGGGAAGGUGAUGAGAAUGCUCGGACAGAAUCCAACUCCUGAGGAGUUACAGGAGAUGAUUGAUGAGGUGGAUGAGGAUGGGAGCGGCACAGUAGACUUUGAUGAAUUCUUGGUUAUGAUGGUCCGAUGCAUGAAGGAGGAGAGCAAAGGAAAAUCAGAAGAAGAGUUAGCUGAACUUUUCCGCAUGUUUGACAAGAACGGGGAUGGCUACAUCGACUUAGAAGAACUGAAGAGCAUGCUGGAGUCCACCGGAGAACCCAUCACGGAAGAUGACAUUGAGGAGCUGAUGAAAGACGGAGACAAAAACAAUGACGGGAAGAUUGAUUAUGAUGAGUUCCUGGAGUUCAUGAAAGGUGUUGAGUAAAGAGCUCUGGUGGCAUUUCCCUUCACAACACUUCACUUCAAAUGCCAUCAAAGUCCAUUCCCGAAGACAUGUUUACACUUUUUCUUUACAAACAUUGUCUUCUGACAGCAGUAUGAAAUCAAAGUGCAUAUGAAAAGACUUUUCAAUAAAAUCAUUGCUAUAAUCGUU